AAAACAAAUUAAUCUCCUUGGUCUUAUAGGAGGUGUUAAGGGGAAAAUUUCUCAAAGAACUCCUACAACAUUCUUGGUUGAGCAUGAAUUUUGUCUUUAUGGUAGGGAUGGAGAUAAAGACAAGUUGAAAACAACGUUGCUAUCUGAUUAUGAGAGUAGCAACCACGUAUCAGUAAUCCCCAUAGUGGGAAUGGGCGGGGUUGGUAAGACAACCCUUGCUCAGCUCCUUUACAAUGAUGAAAAAAUAAAACAACAUUUUGAUGUUACUGCUUGGGCAUGUGUUUCUGAAGAUUUUGAUGCUACGAGGGUAACUAAAACCCUUAUUGAAUCAAUUAGCUCAAAACCUUGCAGUCUUCAAGAUAGCUUGCUUCAAGUUGAACUAAGGGAACAAGUGAUGGGGAAAAAGUUCCUAUUUGUGUUGGACGACCUUUGGAAUGACAACUAUACUGAUUGGGAUCUUGUACGGGCUCCUUUUACUUAUGGGGCGAGGGGAAGUAAGGUCAUUGUAACAACGAGGAACAAAAGUGUUGCAUCCUUAGUGCACACCGUGCCUAUUCACUACUUGAAACAUUUGUCGGAUGAAGAUUGUUGGUUGUUACUCGCAAAACAUACAUUUAGAAAUGAAAAUCCUAGUGAGCAUCCAGACUUGGAAGAUAUUGGUAAGGAAAUUGCACGCAAGUGUAAUGGUCUUCCCUUAGCUGCAAAAGCACUUGGUGGUCUCUUAGGUUGUAAUGUGGAUUACAAGGAAUGGAGUCACAUAUUGAACAACAAUCUUUGGGAGAUAUUGCAUGAUAAAGGUGUUCUUCCAUCAUUAAGAUUGAGUUACCAUUAUCUCCCUAUUUAUUUGAAACAAUGCUUUGCUUAUUUCUCAAUUUUCCCAAAGGAUUAUGAAUUUGAAAAGGAAAAUAUAAUUCAACUUUGGAUGGCACUGGGUUUAAUUCUACAAGCUGAGAGUGGUAAAGGAUUGGAAGAGGUUGGCGAGAGAUACUUUGAUGAACUAUUGUCACGAUCUCUACUUCAAAGAUCAUUAAUUGGGAAAUCAAGUUUCACAAUGCAUGAUCUCAUUAACGACUUGGCUGUGUCUGUGUCUGGAGAAUUUUGUUUUAGGUUGGAUGAGGGAAAGCCACAUGAAGUUCCUAAGCGAGUUCGACAUUUGUCAUAUAUGAGAGGAGGAUUUGAUACUGCUGCAAAGUUUAAGCCAUUGGAGGAAAUUAAGUGUUUGCGCACCCUAUUUCCCAUGUCUUUAGGACCAUACGAGGAGUGGAAUGUGACCUAUGUAAGCAUAAAGGUUCUAAAGGACUUGUUACCAGCACUAAAAUGUUUAAGGGUGUUGUCACUGUCAAGAUAUAAAAAUAUCACUCAAAUACCUGAUACCAUUGGUAAACACUUGCACAUACGCUACAUUGAUCUGUCUUACACUGCAAUUAUAAGGUUACCAGAUACGGUGUGUACUCUAUACAAUUUGCAAACUCUAUUGUUGUUCGGUUGUUCCUCACUUGUUGAAUUACCUGCAGACAUGAGAAAAUUGAUAAAUUUGCGUCAUCUUGAUAUUGGUGGAACUUGUGUAAAAGAGAUGCCGGUGCAAAUGGGUAGACUAAAAAGUUUGAGAACAUUGACUGCUUUUGUGUUGGGGAAAUCUAGUGGGUCAGGUGGCAUUGGAGAACUGGGGCAAUUGUCGCACCUUCGAGGAAAAUUCUCUAUCUUGAAUCUGCAAAAUGUUGUCAAUCCUAUAGAUGCCUUGGGGGCCAAUUUGAAGGAUAAGAAAGAUCUGAACGAAGUAGAGUUGGCAUGGGGUCGUGAGGAUGCAAAUGAUUCCAUAACAGAGAGACAUGUACUUGAAAGCCUACAACCUUCCGUGAACCUGGUGAAGCUGACAAUCAGAUUUUAUGGUGGAACUAGCUUUCCAGAUUGGUUGGGAGACUUUUCCUUCUCCAACAUACAAGUCAUGCGUCUCUCUGAUUGUAGUACUUGUUUGUGGUUGCCACCAGUUGGACGGUUACCCGCUCUCAAAGAGUUCUAUAUAGAAAGAAUGAAAUCUGUCAUGAGUAUUGGUGUUGAGUUCUACAGGGGUAAUGGAGCUUCUUUAAUUCAGCCAUUUCAAUCUCUCAAGAAGCUAGAGUUCAAAGAGAUGCCGGAGUGGGAGGAAUGGCUACCUUGUCCAGGUGGAGGUCAAUCUCUAGACUUUCCCCGUCUUGAGGAGCUGACUUUAGAGAAAUGUCCGAAGCUGAGGGGAAACUUGCCCGAUCAUCUUCCUUGCUUGAGAAAACUUUCCGUGUCCGACUGCGAGGUUCUACAUGAAAGGGCUACCAGAACGAGAUGGAUACCGUGGUCUCCCAUUGUUAACACGGAGUCCUUGAUACAGUCUCUUGAAGAACUGCAGAUAGUUAGAUGCCCUGGUCUGUCGUCGUUACUGGAGACGGAGUCGUUUUCCUCUCUUUCCAAACUUGAGAUUCAAUUUUUUAGUCGCAGAGAAUGCUUGCGGCCGCACUUCAACAAUUGUCUUCAAAGAUUGUGUCUCGUUAACUGCGCAUCACUCUUAUCGUUCCCUCGAAAUGGUCUACCCACUUCGUUGACAUAUCUUAAAAUAGAAAAUUGCAGGAGAUUAGAAUUCCUAUCUCAUGAGAUGAUGGCCAAAUUGGCAUCCCUUCGAGAUUUGGAAUUGUGGGAGAGCUGUGAUUCACUGAGGUCCUUCCCGCUGGGCGUUUUCCCCAAACUUUCAACUCUUGAUAUCUGGGGCAGUAAAAAUCUUGAAUCCCUUUCCAUUGGAGAAGGGGCUGAAGACGAAAAUCUCACUCAUCUCAACUAUCUCUCUAUCUAUUCCUGUCCAAAUCUGGUCUCUUUUCCCCACGGGGGAUUGCCCACUCCCAAGCUGGCUUUUUUAUCAGUCUCGGGGAAUGAGAAUUUGAAGUUAUUGCCCGACCGAAUACACACCCUCACCGGCCUUCGAGAUUUAUGGAUAGGCGAACUUCCAAAUGUUAAGUCAUUUGCAGAAGGGGGUUUGCCUCCCAACCUACAAUCAUUUCAAAUCUAUGAUUGUGAGGAACUGAAGCAUUCAGUGGAGUACUGGGGUUUGCAACGAAUUGUCUCCCUUCGAACAUUUUUGAUCUGGAGAAGCGAGGAUGUGUUGGAGACGUUGCUCAAGGAACAGCUGCUCCCUACCACUCUUCACAUGCUCGAAAUCUGGGACAUGAAAAGUCUGAAAUCUUUGGAGGGAAAGGGACUUCAACACCUCACUUCUCUUCAAGUGCUCAAAAUUUUCCACUGUGUUAGUCUCAAGUUCCUGCCAAAAGAUGGUUUGCCGGCAUCGCUCUCUUUUCUGAGCAUCACGGAUUGUCCUUCCCUGGAGAAGCGGUGUCAGAAGAAGACGGGACAAGAGUGGAGCAAGAUAGCUCACAUUCCUUGCAUCGAGAUGGAUGAUCAAGUCAUCAUUUGAGAUCUCAAGUCAAAGUGAGGGCAGAAUUAUGUCACUGACGUGUUUGUCGGCUUUUUUGCUAACCCAGAUAGCAAACUUGGAAUUGUAAAGAUUGGAUUAGCUAAGGCCAAUGAUUUUAACGUCCAUCAAUUAAUCGUCCAUGAAUGGUUCUCCUGCAGUGUGGCAUGAAUAUGAUUCUCCUUCAAUUGGAUAGCUGUUGCAGUGAGAACGGGUGACAAUGACCACAAAACAAUAAUGAAAGCCAGGUUUCUUUGGAGCACUGCCUUCAUGCUUGCGCUUGUUGGAAGUCAGAAAGCAUCUUAAAGUCUAGGAUUGAGACUCAAGAGGAGAUGUGAAGUACUUGGAUGUAGCAAAGAUGUGAAGUACUUGGAUGUAGCAAAGCAGGACAAGUUGAUGGAAACUUGUAAUGCAGCAGAGAUGGUGGUGCUGCUGUGAAUGAGAAUGAUGCCAAGGGCAAGGGCAAGGCUGCAAGAGGGUGUUGCAGGGUCAAGGAAUGCCGCGUUGAGAGCAGAGAGAUAGAUCUUGAGCUUCCCCUACCUCAGGGCACCAUUAGCUGCUGAGGAUAUGGAAAAUGCUCUACAGUUUUUGAAGUUCUGUGAAACAUUUAGCAAGUUAAUUCUUAUUUUUGUUCUAUUAUAUAUUUGAUUAAAUGUUUCUCUAAUCUUGUUUUAAUUGAUUUUGUGCACCGCUUUACUGUGCUAAAAGCAUUCCUGAACUUCCAAUUCACUUGAAAUCUCUUUUUUUUUUUUCUUGUUUCUUUUAACUCUAGUGUUUUUAAAUUGAAAAGUCCCAAGCUGAAUCUGUUCUUCGAGAACUAUCUCGUCGAGGAAGUGGACGAAGUGGAUGGCCUGGACAGUACUCCAUUGUUUGAUUUCAUAGCUAUAUGCUCUUCUUCAUACAGGAAUCUCUAUAGCAAACAAGCACCAACUGCUCAUGGUUCCAAGAUUUGGAGAACCUGAUCUCCGCAUCCAGGGUCUCUAUGGUUGACCCCGUUAUGAAGGAGUUGCCUUCUGAGUGUUUUAGUGAAGGCGGGGAUGGAUAUGAUGCCUUAAGCUUCUCCCAAAAUCUUAGGCUUUUGAAUUUCCUCUGUGAUGGGGCUCUUAAUGCAAAUCCCUUGUCCAGGACGCUGAGGGGAUGGAUUGAGGAGCAAAAUAAAAGAGUUGUCCAACGUAAAAGGUGAGAGAUCUCCAAGCAAAGUUGCUGGAGGAGAUGGCUAAGAGAACCACUGCAGAUAAUGGCAGUGCUGUCCCAAUUUGAGAGUCGGACUCCACUGCAGAUAAUAGUUUCAUCUCAAGUAAAAUAUAGCAAACUUGGAAUUGUAAAGAUUGGAUUAUCUAAGGCCAAUGAUUUUAACGUCCAUCAAUUAAUCGUCCAUGAAUGGUUCUCCUGCAGUGUGGCAUGAAUAUGAUUCUCCUUCAAUUGGAUAGUGGGUGCAGAUAUGUUCUUUUGUACGUACACAGCUGUUGCAGUGAGAACGGGUGACGAUGACCACGAAACAAAAAUGGAGGCCAGAUUUCUUUGGAGCACUGCCUGCAUGCUUGCGCUUGUUGGAAGUCAGUACAUUACGUUACUAGAGCAGGAGCAUUCAGAUAUGUUGAGGUGGGCUAUGAAAAUGGAAAGCACUUGUGUUGGCAUCCUAUCGAAACGGAUAUGAGAAGAAACAGGAUUUUCACAACUUAAUGUGGAAAUGAAGUGGGAGAACGCAUCGAUCUGAAGCCUAUGAGCAUCUUAUUCUCUGGAAGUGAUCGAAAGGAACCGAGAGAUUACAGCAUUUUGCUCUGCCAUUGGGGAUGUUAUGAGCCGAAGAAACAAGGGAGAUGGAUGUCGAAAGCAAGGAUGGUUCGCCACAAAAACGGCAAAGUUAUGUCACUGCCGUGUUGGUCGGCUUUGCUGAUGCAGGCAUCAAACUGUGGAACUGAAAAGAUUGGAUCUUCUAAGGCCAAUGAUUUAAAUGUCCAUCAAUUAAAUUAUUCAUGAAUGGUUCUCCUGCAGUGCGGCAUGAAUAUGAUUCUCCUUCAAUUGGAUAGGAGUAUUCGUAUAUGUUGAGCUGGGGUAUGAAAAAGGAGAGCACUUGUGUUGCCAUCUUCUCGAAACGGAUGAGAAGAAACAAGAUUUUCACGAUUUGAUGUGGAAAUAAAGUGGGAGGACGUAUCGAUCUGAAGCCUAUGAGCAUCUUAUUCUCUGGAAUUGAUCCAGAGGAACUGAGAGAUUGCAGCGUUAUGCUCUAUCACUGGGGAUGUUAUGAGCCGCAGAAACGAAGGGGAGAUGGAUGUCGAAAGCAAGGAUAUGGUUCACUGGAAAAAUGUAUGGCUUCAAACAAGGUUUUAGUGAUGUUUAAGCGGGUUUAUGCCCUCGAGUUUUGUUAGGAAAGUGGUGUUGGUUCACCAAGAAAACGAGGGAAGGAGAAGUCUCUUGGUGGAAGCAAAGAUAUGAACUUGGAUGCGUCUCUCAAAUCUGAUGACAUUGUUGUUAUUGUUCAAAGCUUCUUCCCCAAUACUGCUACUUGCAUAUCUGCUUGGUGGAUCAUUACGCCUGCACUGGUGCUACUUUCCCAUCAAAUACAAACACUCAGGAAGCAUUUGUUACACAAAUGUGUAGAAAAAUUCUGUAAUAUCUGUUGUAGAUGGUCCAUUUCAUGGUCCGAAAAUGAAAGCAUUUGUUCUUCUCAAGAACACAAACAGUUGACAAUUGUAAUGUAGUAAUACAUCUUUAGAUGAAUAUUGCAGA